AUGUUCUUGGUAGAUUGGUUUUACGGUGUGCUAGCUUCGUUAGGUCUAUGGCAGAAGGAAGCUAAGAUCUUGUUUCUAGGUCUCGACAAUGCCGGUAAAACCACCUUGCUUCACAUGUUGAAAGACGAGAGAUUGGUGCAGCAUCAACCAACUCAGCAUCCAACUUCUGAAGAACUUAGUAUUGGUAAAAUCAAAUUCAAGGCAUUCGACUUAGGCGGUCAUCAAAUCGCACGAAGAGUGUGGAAAGAUUACUAUGCUAAGGUUGAUGCUGUGGUCUACCUAGUGGAUGCUUAUGACAAAGAGAGAUUUGCAGAAUCGAAAAAAGAGCUUGACGCACUUCUCUCAGACGAAUCUCUAGCUGAUGUCCCAUUCCUCAUACUAGGGAACAAAAUCGACAUCCCUUAUGCUGCAUCUGAAGACGAGCUUCGAUUCCAUCUUGGCCUCUCUAAUUUCACCACCGGUAAAGGCAAAGUGAAUCUAACUGACUCGAAUGUGAGACCGUUGGAAGUGUUUAUGUGCAGCAUUGUUAGAAAAAUGGGAUAUGGUGAUGGCUUCAAGUGGGUCUCUCAAUACAUCAAAUAG